CAUCAUACCGCUCUCUGUUGCAUCAACUGCAAGUCGCACCGAGUCAGCCACUCGUGGAGAAAAUCUAAGUGCACUCUGCUCUGCCACGUUUAUUUACGGGGGAGAGAGUACGAGAGUUUAGUGUCAGAAUCCCGAUCUGUCAGAAUGCGGCUGGUUAGUAGUAAUCUGUUGAAAAUGGGCUUUUUGGGUGGCGGAAAAACCGCACAAGCCAUGGCGAAAGGAUUCAUCUCGGCUGGUCUGGUGAGUGCAAAAAACAUCACGGCAAGCUUCAGUCCGAAUGAUGAGGUGAAUAUGCGUGAAUUCAAAGAGAUGGGAUGCGAAACGUUCGUCGAUAAUAUGCCGGUGGUGAAGCAAUCGGAGGUUGUGUUCAUUUCCGUCAAACCGUGGAUUGUGCCGACGGUUCUGCAGCGUGUUAACAUGGCGAGCGCGGAUAAGCUUUUCAUUUCGGUUGCGAUGGGACUUGGGCUGGCAGAACUAGAAGCUUCGCUAUUGCCAACGGCUCGCGUGGUGCGAGUCAUGCCGAACACUCCCACACUGGUGCGGUGUGGGGCGGCUGUUUACGUGCGUGGUAAAGCGGCCACUGAUGACGACUGCUCGUUGGUACAAACUCUGUUCGAAUCCGUUGGAACAUGUGAGGAAGUCACGGAAGCACUGAUAGAUCCCAUUACGGCCCUUUCAGGCAGUGGUCCAGGAUACGUUUUUACCUUCAUUGAGGCUAUGGCCGAUGGAGCGGUAAAAAUGGGACUAUCGCGGGAUAUAGCGUACAGAUUGGCAGCACAGACAGUGAUGGGAGCCGGUAAGAUGGUGCUCGAAUCCGGAGCCCACCCGGGACAGUUGAAGGAUGAUGUUGCGAGUCCAGCUGGUUCAACCAUCGCGGGGUUAUCGUUUCUGGAGAAGCAUGCUUUUCGUCAUAUCGUGAGUGGAGCCAUCGAAACAGCGACACUUAGAUGCCGGGAGGUGUCGAAGAAAAAAUGAACUAUAUCGGAACAAUUACCUAUCACGAUAACGUUCGCGCAUAUCGAGACUUAUGCUUUAAUGCUAUGAGUUACUUUCUCUUAUACAUCUUAUUUUUUUAAGCUUUAUUGAACUUCUUCAGAAUGACAGACAUAGUUAUAAAAUUUCAUAUAUUGC